AUGGAACAUGAGAAAGAGACAGCACUUGAUUCGGAAAUGGAAAAAACAAGAUUAUUCGGGGCAAAGAUAAGGCAAUUUGCCGAAGAGUACAGUAAGAUUAUUUCGGCCGAGUCUAUCGGAGAAGUCACGAACGAUGUCGAAAUGGUUGAAAAUAAUCUGUCAAACAGUGAUGAGUUUGAUGAAAAUUUGGAGGAAGAAUAUCGAAACUUGAACGAUAUUCUCGGUUUACCAAAUGAUACUUAUUCCCUUACUAAAAUUAAAGCUGAGUUACCUUCUCCCGUCAAGUAUGGCAUCCGUUCGGGAUUGAUUCACUUAAAUAUGUCACAAUUCUCACCGCUAUCCAGAGGUUAUCAGGGUGGCGCUAUAGCGAUUGCAGCUUUUGCCACGACCGCGAUUCGCAAAUCUCGCUUUUGGAAUGAGGCGGUGAUCGAUCAAAUCGUUGAGGACGGCGAUACUUUUUACUGCGAGUCCUACGAAGACGUGGAAACCAGCGAUCGUCGAACAAUGUCCAUCCUCGACUUGAAAAGGACUCUUUUUCUUCAGGAAAAAUUUAAUGUGAGAGUCAAGAUCGAAGAUCCGGCGUACGUGGGAAAAUUUCGUUCGCACAAUCCAACGGAACUUCAUCUGGCGAAGGCGUUGGAGUUGUUUUUCGAGCGGCACAACGCCGGGAUAUUGACAUCACCGGUGCUCAAUAUAGCUAUCUGGAAAGACUCGAAGUACUACUAUAUUUUUGACGGUCAAGCACGACAAGCAUGCGGCCAGACAGCGGCCGAUGGGAUCAGCGGAUCAGCCAAGCUGUUUCUCGUGAAGGACUUGAUAGGGGUGCUGUUCAUUAUCCUUGAGAAGAGUAAUGUGCGAAACGAGCCCUUUGUGAUUUAUGCCAUAUUCAUCGACGAUGUCGAGACGGUUUUUCCGGAAGAACUCGAGGAGGCUGCGAAAACGCUCGGACUGCCGCAAAGAAGACCGAGCGGUUAUAAAAUUCCUCGAAAACAUCGGGCCUUGAUACACGGCUCUUAUCAUCUGACUCAUCCCGCCAUACUGGAAGCUCUGCGAGGUAAAGGACAUCUGAUUCUCGCCGUGGCGGCAUUGAUAUAUUCCCGGCUGAUCAGUGCCGACAAGUGGACGACCGCUUUGCUCGAUCUGAUCUUCAAUCAGUCCAACAUCUACCUGAUCGAUCUGGCCAGAGUUCUAAACAAAAAGCUCGACGAUGAGUUCGAGCUUCGGUUGGAGGACUUGAUGAGCGACAUUAUUCUCGGGGUGUAUUCCGCUAAGGUGAAAGUCGACGCGAAUGUGAUGCCGACUAACGCGCAGAAGGAUAAUAUUACUAUCGACAGUGGCAUAAAAGAAUUCUUUGAAACGCGGGAAAUCGGAGUGCUCGAGAUCAAGAACAUUUUUUAUGCGAUCUGGAAGGACGGUAACGCAUACUACUUUCUCGACCCGUUUGCUUGUGAUGACGAGGGCUUCAGGGUCGAUCGUAAUAACGAAGAACACAGGACAGGUGAUAAUAACAGAAAUGCUGCCUGCGUAACAAUGAAUACCACCAUGGACGGAAUGGUGGAGAUAAUACUGGGAAAUACCAACAGUAAGGACAAGGAUGCUUACCUGAUACAUGGAGUCAAGGUGCUUUAUGUCAAGACCGGAGGUCUCACGCCAGACGGACCACUUGAGAAAGUAAUUUAUCGAGAAAGAGGUACAAACCGCAGGCCGCAGGCCCCAUUGCCACCGGCACCGACGGAUACGAUAAAAACGGAUUUGAUCGACGUAACGCCACGCUUACGACCAGAUUCGCGUAAAUUUGCAGAAGUGUUAACUCAAUAUCCAGAUAUUAUGAAGAACAUGGAUCGAUACAUGAUGACACUUGACGAGCCGGCUACUUUCGUACUUGCGUUACAGAAAGAUAAAAAAGUAAUGAAAGUAAAAGAGGAGGAAGAGGAACAUUUAAUAGGCUUUAUCAAAGGUUAUAGAAUGGUAAAUGCUCAUCGUCUCCUCCUCCGCGGGACUAAAAAUUGCUCGAACAAAUUAUUUAACGAGGAAUCACGUGGUAGACAAGGAUUAAUAGCCGCUUUGACUGCGUUGGCAUAUAGAAGAUUGAAGGAUCCGAUCCGUUGGCGAAAUAUAGACAUAGAUCAGAUUAUCGACGUUAGCAACAAAGCUUAUGAGCAGAUUAUAACUUGGAUUAAGCAAGGUCGACCGGAAUGGGAAGAAAUAGAAAUGGAGGAGGAGGAGGAGGAAGAGGAGGAGGAGGAGGAAGAAGAAGCUGAAGAAGAGGAAGAAGAAGAAGUUGAAGAAAUAGCACGCGUCCCGAGUCAUUUGGAUAUGUCUCUUUUGCCCUCCAAGUUGAAGUUAGCUGAGUACGAUGUUUUUUUCAAGACGAGAAUGAACAUCGCCGAUGGUUACGCAGAUCCUUUGGCUAAUCUUGCGGAAGCUCUCGAGCGUUAUUUUGAACGACAUACCGAGGUAGUGCUGGAAAAUAAAAGAUUGAUGUAUGCCAUUUGGAAGGAAGAUGAAAAAUUCUUUUUGUUUAAUUGUUACGGCGGCGAUUCAGAAGGAUGGCGUAUUUGGAAUAAUGCAGCUAGUUUCAUCGUUACGGACAGUCUCAACGAACUGGUUGAUCUUCUUUACGGUAUAUUAGAGUACAAUGAUCCGCGUUUUUCGCUUCAUUUCGUGGCUCUGGAAGCAAUACAACCAGAAAAAUACGUGUCACCUGUAGAAAUUGCGAUCCCAGACGAAUGGAUGACUGAAAAGUUCCGAACGAAGUUUUUACCAAUCACUGAUGACGAUUUAUUGAAACUCGAAGAAAAACAGCCGGAUGUCAUUGAAAUGGAGAUGGCAAAGAAACUUGUUGAUUACAAAGAAGAAGAGGAAGAAGAAGAGGAAGAAGAAGAAGAAGAAGAAGAGGAAGAGGGAGAAGAAGCAAAAGAAAAAGAAUGGAAAAUGCCAGAGAAACUUUUCACAAAUCCAUUGCUGGAAAUCAAAGAAUCUGCACAGUCCGAUGCACCUUAUCGUUUAAACUUAGCUCUCUUGACUUCUAUAGUGAAGAUUCAGCCGACUAAAGAAGAAUUGAGUUUGCCCGAGGGGAUAAUAAUGGAGAAAAUGAAGUACAAUCAUCCACCGCCAUAUGUGAUGCCUCCAAAGAAAGUGCUUUGUGUUUUGCUGGAAGCAAAAUUGGCGAACAAGUCGAUUCCUUCUCUCGUAUCAAGAUUUUCAAUUGAUUCAAGAUUGGAAAUUAAGAAAAGCGAUUUCCCUGCUGAUGUCGAAGCACCAACGACCGUGUCAUUGCUUCGAGAUGCGAAACUUUCUAAGAUGAUCAAGUUAUCUUUUGGAAAAUAUUUAUACUCGAGGUUGCUACCGAUACAUAUGAUUCCUCUAAGAGCUAUCGAUGAGAGUUAUAUCCAAGAUGAAGAACUAUCGGAAGAGAAAGAUGAUAGUGAAAUAGAAGUGACGCAGAAAACGAUAAUUACUGCGAAAGAUUUUGAUAAGAAAUCAGAUAUUUCAUCAUCAAAAGUUAUUGGUUUCAAAGUUCUGAAUGAAGAUAUAGAGAUAAUACGUGGUAAUUCAAGUUUAUCGGAUCGCACAAGAAGUGGAUUUCCUUAUUACAAAUCUUGUUACAUCUCGGCUAUAUUAUGCAUUUUGACCAAAAUCAUGCUGGACGCAGGUCGUUUUUGCGACACCACUUUGGAUCAAUUGAUUCUUCUCACUAAUGAGAUCGAUCAACAAAUUGGCAGAUUGCAAUACAAAGAUUGUAGAAUAUUUUAUAACAUAAAUAUCUUCAAUGCAAAUUUCAGCGUUAUUCUGAAAGAAAUGUUUUAUACUCGUCUCGAGGAUUCUGUAUCUAACAAGUUUGACAUGAUUCUCGAUAACUUUUUAAAACAGAAUCAGACUAUCAUAUUGGUACUAUCAAAUUGCGCCCACGCAAUUUGGAUGUCGGACGACAAGUUUUAUUUAUUCGAUCCUUAUCCUUGCGAUGAAAGUGGAAAAGCUAAUGAGGAAGGUUUCUGUUGUCUUAUGAGGUUUCGCGAUUUAAAAUCUAUGCUCGAUAGAAUUAAAGAAAACGCAGGCGAAAUUGUGGGAAAGCCUUUUCAUCUCUAUAUCAUGUUUAUUACUGACAUGGAAGUAAAAAAAUGUAAAUGGAAACGAAAGAAAGAUAUUAAAGGUCGCGUGAAGCUAGCAAAAGACUCAAAAAUUAGCGAAACAAAAAAAGAGGAUGUGACGACAUUAUUAGCCGAGGCGGAAACUCCUCUGAUCGAAUUAGCUGAGUGGGUUACUUCCGAUCCAGAAUUAGAGCCUCGUCGUGAUGUCGCGAUCGUCGGUUUCACGCCGAUGAGGCACUACGAAGCUUUCAUGUUGGAAGCGAUCGUUUUGGAGAACGACAUUACAACACCCACGUUAGCGCCGUUCAAGAAACCGUUGAGGAAACUCGAUAGUAGUUAUCAAGGUCAGGAGGAAACGACGGAGGCGCAACAAAGUUUAUCGCCCGAGAGAAUAUUUCGUAACCAUUCGUCCGUCGCGAUUCCCAUCGAUCUCUGCAUCAUGGCGUGGUCGUUGAUUCACGAUCCUACGUCUUGGUCAGAACGCACCGUCAAUGGCUUAAUCGAGGCUGCCGUCGAUUAUGCGUUUGAAAACGUGUUGGCAAGCGAGGACACUUCCGUGAGCGACAUGAUCGACGCGUUACUGCCGGAUUUCGAGAUAGCGAAUUAUGCGUUUCACGUGGUGCUCGCGCCGUUGCAUUACGGAACUCUGUACACCACGGAGGGGUGGAACCUCGCGGCGACUCUGAAGAAGAUAUUCGAGACAACGAUCUACACCGGUGCUAUCAUCGCUUGCCGUUAUGCUCACGUGGGCGUUACAAAACGGAAUAAAAACUACUUUGCCUGGUGGACGGUCACAGGAACGAAGAACUUGAGAAUGAUCAUGUCCAGCGAUCUGAGCGAUUUCCUCAAGUUAAUCGUCAAGGUGAUCGACGAACCGCAGGAGAUUAAAUUUGCCGUGAGGGCGGUUACCAUAUCCUACAGUCGAAAAAUGGCGCCGGAUUAUAGGGAUAUCAAGGAUCUUCACGAGCCGAUGGUGACGACGACGUCUUUGGCAGAGAUUCACCGAAGGGAGCUUCCGGAGUCUUACGACGUUGAAACGAUAUUUAAACCCAUCAGUCUGGCACCGAAACCGAUUUUCGUACUCGGAACUGUAGCUCUUCGUGACCGGGAUAGCCUACAGGAACCGCGAGCAAAACGUUGUUACUUUGUCGCGUUAUUGACGACAGUGAUAAAAAGAGACAUUGUUCAGUCUCCACUUCCGGGAAUGAUCGACAAGGUUCUUGAAGUGGCGGAAAACUUGUAUAGGAGAUUCUCUGAACCGAAAUUUCACGCGGAGCAUGUCUUACGAAAUGUUCCAUUAAUGAACAGGUUCUUUGGUCUUCGAGAUUGUGCCACACCCUUAAUUAUACUGACGACAAACUGUCAAACUGGCAGAAACGAUUUUUACUUACAAGUGAAAAAGCAUCUGAAACGUUACUUUAAAAUGCACACAAGCGGUAUAUUGCACUUCACAAAUUGCUGCUACGGCUUUUGGUUCUCGAGAGCAACUAACUGCUAUUACUAUCUCGAUCCCUAUCAGUGUGAUGCAGAAGGUAGAAAAUCUGCCAAUGGCAACGCUUGCCUGUGCAUCUUCUCUUCCGUGCAUCAAAUGGCAAAGCACAUGUGCCUCAAUCAAUACGAAGGCACAACCGGCUUCUUUCUUCAUAGAAUUUACAUAAUUUCUAUCAAUACAUCGCCGUUCGAGGAUGGCUUCCAGGAGGAUCCGAUGUGGGUUUACUUAGACUAUCAUUGGAACUUCACGUAUUCAAUUGUGAGGCCGUGUAAGAAAGUAAAAAGUAGCAAUAGUAGGUCCAAUCCCUUGAAAAUUACUCGGCAAUUCUGGAACAAUUAUACUAUUGAAGUGAUUGGUCUGGUUUAUUCUGUUUGUGGCACGAUCGGCACGUAUGACCGUCGCUUCGGCGAAAGAGCCGGAAAAAAUCGCGUCGCUAUAUGCGUGGCCGUCCUGGCAAUGCAGAACAUCUGUCAUCCUUCGCGGUGGAGUCCGGCCAUCUUGAACUCGGCCGUGAUUUGCGGGGACCUUUACUACACGGAUAGUCUGAAGAAAAAUGUUACGCGAAGGUGCUCGAAGGUGGAAGACAGAUUCAACUUGCGGACCUCCCUCAGAAUAUUUCCACACUCGUGGACCGUAAAUUUCGGCACGAGUGUGUGCGGGAUUCUGUACGGCGAUAAAAACAGAUUAACGCUAACUGACGCGUUAAGGUCGGCCUUCGAGGAAGCACGCAACAUUAUUAUCGAGUGCAACGGGAUCACCUUGGCUGCAUUGGCGGCCAAGGACGCUUAUUACAUCGCCGAUCCCUGCUGGAUCGGCCCGCCGUUGUUCGCGAAGGAUCGCGGCGCGAUCUACGUCUUACGUUGCAAACACAUGGACAUUCUAAUAUAUGCGAUCACGAAGAUGCUCGAUACCAAUCGGAGGCUCGGUGUACGCGUCACGCCGGUGAACUUCGCAUUCGAUCAAGAUUUCGACGCGGAUUCUAAAUUCUGCGUCGCGAGAAGAAAGAUCUUGCCAAGAUCUUUGCGAAAAGUUCCGGAGAGAAUGGAAGAUCCUGUCACGCCUAUUCCCGGAAUGGUCGCCGAUAAGGAUUCCUACCUGCAGUAUCGACGACAUCUCGCCCAGGGUGUCACUGGGGAGUUCCAGCUGGAAAGUUUCCAACUUCAUCGUGCGGAACUGAAUCCCGAAAUUGCAAAUAAUACGAUCGUGAGCACCAAAUGGCGUUUGAAUCACGGUCGAGUGCGUCCCCGGAAAAAACCUCCCUUGGAUCCUAUCGAGACAACGGACGAUUCGUUGGAAUACACCGAUUCUGCAACUGAUUUGGUACAUCGUUCGCGAAUUUUCGACACGGAUUCAAUUACCGCAAGCGACCAUUAUUCAAGACCAAUUGACUUUGCCAGCAACGCUUCUCCAUCUGGAAUAGAAUCACUCGAGAGCGUCAGCAGAGCGUCGUAACUUCAUCAGAAAGUCGUGUAAAUUUUGAUAAGUAUUGAAAUGUUGCUGAAAUAUUUUAAAAUAUUUACGGUAACCAUUGAUCAAAAGAUCUCUUAAGCGUUGUUAAAAAAAAAAAGAAAGUAUUCCGAGAGCUUCUAG